CUACAAAUCACGCGUAAAGUGGUUGUUAUUUCGGCGACACUAAAUUGGUAUUGUCCUCUUGUUGAUCUCACAGGCUGCUGAGAGACUGUUAUAGUCGUCAUGUCUUCUGAUGAGGGGUCCCAAAAUGCCUUGCCGAAAGAGCUCAUGGAGCUCCAAUUAGGUCAAAUUGACCUCCUCAUGGCGAUGUAUGCGUCGGAUGAUGCGAUUGCCAUGGACUCUACGGCGUCUGACUUGAUUGGCAGGCUGAGGGACUGGUGUGAAAAUGACGGGGAAGCCACACCAAAGUUCUCAGAGACAGUCAUAAAUCUCCAGCUCAGGGUCGAUGUUGAAGAGGAAGAUUCUUCAACAAGAACUCUACAGCUCACAUUGACAGUGCCUUUGAAGUGUCAAAAACUAGAUGAACUAACAGAACCGCCGCCAAUAAGGACCAGGAUACAACAGCCGGAUUGGAUGAGCAAAGGAGAUGUUGCAAAGUUGAACACUGAGAUUCCUGAAGAGGAUAUCCUUUCAGUCAUCGAGCAUGUCAAGGAGGCCGCCUCUGAGCAUAUCUCAAGUUUAAAGCAAGCGGAAAUUGCAAAUCCCCCAAUAGCAGACGCAUCAUUAGUCCGAGUCUGGUUCUACUUCCCUUCUAUCAGCACAAGGGCAAAGCGAGAUGAUUUCGUCAACUAUGCGCCGACCUACGGACUCACUGGCUUUCUCCUAGCUGGCAAGCCAGGUAUCCUGUGUCUGGAAGGGGGAUCAGUUGCGGUUGACGACUUCAUGAAAUUCAUCAAGACAGAAAGCUGGGGUGAUAUCCCAGCGCAUCACAAAAAGGUCAGCGAGAGAUAUCGAGAGGAAGCGGUGGAUCUGAAGCGUGUUUUUUCGGAUAUGCAGGAGAUCACGGAUAUGAUUGAGAAGAGGGGUGCGAGGGGAAACCGUGGUGAUAUGAAGGCACUAGAAGCGUGGCUGGUUGAGUGUGGGCUUGGUGAAGCGUUCGGCAAAAUUCUGAUGUGAAUAUCAGCUCUCGAAAAGGCAGCCAUAAUAUGCAAGAAGCAUGAAUGAACCAGGGCAGACUCUGGCCAAGGGUGGAUGUUGAGAGACUCAACACAGCAUGUUAUCCUUUGCAUUCCAUUCUUUGUCUUCUGCAUCGUGAACAAUUGCAGACCGUCUGAUCUUGUUAUCAUGAGAAAGGAAAAGACUAGGAUGUUAUUGACUAAUUCAACUACGUGAGCUAUAUCGGUUCGAA